ACCGCAGCGUUAGUGUGCCAGCGACGGAACUGCAACAAUGUGGUCCGGGAAAUUGGUCCGGCUGGUGCUGGCGCUUGCCUGCGCCGCACGUCAAGUGCAAGGCCAGUGUUCGUUCACGCUCGAUAUGAAGUUCGGCUCGGUGUAUCAGCUUAUCUCGCCCCGCUAUCCUUUGCGGUACGGGCCCAACCUGCAGUGUACGUACGUAAUUCGCGCACCGUACGGCUACCGGAUCGUGCUCGACUGUCCCACGUUUCAGAUACCGAGCAGCACCGACUGUAGGCUGGACUCGUUCCGGGUAUCCCGCGGCGGAUUGAUCGAUUUCUCCGACGCGUACACCUACUGCGGAGCGGGACGGUUGCUGGAAAAGUCGGACGCAAAUCAGAUGACGAUACGGUUAACAUCGGCACCGACCAGUGCUGGCGGAAUGUUUGCAUGCAAUCUUUCCAUCCCGCAGCAGAGUUGCGAGUGUGGCCGUAAGAAGACGCAACGGAUCGUUAACGGCGUGGAAACGACGGUAAACGAGUUCCCCAUGAUGGCCGCGCUGAUAGACGUCAAAACGAAAACUGUCAUUUGCGGUGCCACUAUCGUUACAAACAAUUACGCCCUGACGGCUGCUCACUGUCUGCUGCAGCGCACCACAACCGAUACAGUGCUGCUGGUCGGUGAUCACAAUAUCAAAACCGGAAGCGAUACCUCCUUCUCGCAGGUGUACAUCGUGGCACAGUUCAUGAGCCAUCCCAGCUUCACGGUCAAACCGGUAUCGAACGAUAUCGCGCUGGUGCGCACGCAGCAGCCCAUCCAGUACAAUGCGGCCGUCGGUCCGGCCUGCCUACCCUGGAGCUACACGAGCCAAUCGUUCGAGGGCCGAACGGUGGAGGCGACCGGUUGGGGCGAUCUAGACUUUGGGGGACCGCGGGCGGACGCACUGAACAAGGUGCAGCUGGGCGUGAUCGGUAAUACGGACUGCUCGCGGCGGCUCGGAGUGACGGUUCCGUACCAGCAGCUCUGUACCUUCACCGCCAACCGGGACACGUGUCAGGCUGAUUCCGGUGGACCGCUGUUUUAUACCAACCCCGCCACAGGAUUGCUGUACAACGUGGGCAUCGUAAGCUUCGGUAUUGCUUGUGCCACCGAUAAGCCGAGCGUCAAUACGAGGGUCACCGAGUUUCUCGACUGGAUUAUGGUCAACACUCCGAGAUCGUUUUACUGCUAUCAGUAGGAGUGGGGGAGCUGAGGAAUUGGGGAAUUGACGUUGGAAGUGGUGAAUUCUUUCGCUUGUACGGAUGGGUAAGUUCGACAAUGUUGACUGUACCUAUUGGAGCGUCAAAUAUACGACGGGGAAGUUGGGGGAAGUUAUCCCGUGUCUUACUACUUCUGGAUGUGUCCUUGGCACACCUUUACAUCUCUC